AUGGAGGCACUUGUAGAGCACACCUUGCAGCAGAAGCCUUCAGCCAAAGGGGUGGCUAUUGUGGUAGCAAACCAGUGGAGCAAGAUAUUCAAUAAACGUGAGGAUACUCUCUACGGAGUCAUUCAUGAUUUCACUAAAACAUGUUUGGUUUUUGAGAAUUUGCAAUAUGCUGUUGUCCCAUUAAGCAAUGCCCCUAAGCAAAAGAUCAUUGAAGCUGUUAAUGCUGUAGCUGUACACUUUCCGACUGGAUUUGCAAAGAACGAUCCACGGUACAAGCGAAUAGUUUUCUGUUUUGCUGGACAUGGAGACAAAAACGAUUGUAUACACACUCGUGAUGGUGAAAUUGAUGUCAACAGGGAUAUUAUGUGGCCUUUCCUACCAAUAAACAAGCCUGACUUGAGACAUGUGCCGAAACUUUUUUUCAUUGACGCUUGUCGUGGUGGGUCAACAAGUGAGCCCAUUCCUCGUGGAGGUGGUGAUGAUUCUGUUCAUUCACGAGUGUCUGCAUUAUCUAACUAUCUUCUACUACGCUCUACCCUACCUGCCACGAAAGCAUUUGAGAUUCCGGGACACAAACCUCAAGGUGGUUUCUGGACUCAAGCAUUUGUAGCUGAGCUUGAAAAGGACACAAACCGAGGGAAGGAUAUUGGGUAUAUUCUGAUUGAAGUAAAUCGGCACGUUAACGAGAUGUUCAACGAACCGAAAUUCGACUGCAUACAGCAAGCUAUAGCCGAAAACACACUUCUAGAUCACGUAUUCUUUUUGGACGAAGCUGAAGAGUUAAACGUGUUCUGUUACGAAGCCACUCAACAUUAUGUGCAUCAAGGAACCUCUCCACAUGGAUAUAAUUCCUCUCCUCAUUUCAUACCGUCACACCCAUUGAUUGAUAGAGGUCAGUCUACUACACCUACUGUACCUACCACAAUUGGAUCCUCUGAAGUUGAACCUCCUUUGGCCACCUCAUCAUUAGCACCAAUAGCUAUAGUUACUAACCCUAUUGCCCAGCUUGAAGCACUGCUGAAGGAAAGGUGUGACAGAAACGUAAAAAUUGAGUACAAGUACAAAGAAGUCAGGGGAGGGUAUCAAGCCACAGUCUUGGCUCCUCAGAUCGGAUAUAUAGAUGGAGAAGUGCGUUCUUCAACACAAAAAGCACAAGAAUCAGCAGCAACUAUAGCUUUUAACUCACUACAAUGAUUUUUUCAACGAUUAGUGAACUUAAUGUCGCUUCUAUAGAACCUAUAUUUUUGGCUGCAUGUACAGGGUUGACAAAUAAAGUUUUUUUUCCUUUACGAAACCCUGCCAGGUUUUACCACUGUUGUGGCUGGCGAGGGUUUGAAGGAA